CACUACUUGCAGAGAUGGCAGCAGUGAAGGCCAUGCUUCUUCCCCUGACUCUCUCACGUGAGCUCUUUGUGUUGCACGCACUAACCCUAAUCUGGCGGUUCGAAUCUGUUCUAACCUCGCAUUGCUCCUGGCAGUCUUGUUUGUCAGUGCGCAAGGAACGGAAGAUGGAAUUCCAUGUCGUCGCUUCCCCCUCAAUGUGAUGCCUUUCACUUCUGCUACUUAUGUUCGACAUCGAAGGCCUUCCUUAACGCUGCUCAAUGGUUUUCAGGGAUGCGACUUUUACUUCAAUGGAAGCCUCAGCACUAUUCCCAGCUUCAACAUCGGAGCUGUUUCAGGGAACAUGAUUUUGUCGCAUGCUAAAAUAUUUCACAGGUAUGGCUUUUGCUGUGUCUUGGAAGGACUCCCACAAAGGCUUUAUGAGUGAUCAUUUUCGACCAGAAACGGCGAGAGGCUCGUCACAGCAUCUUCGGACCACUGCGAGUUUUUCAACGACACGGUACGUGUUACUCAUCCUCGUAUCGUAUCUCGCUUUUGUUACUUCGAAGAUUCUAACACUAAUUGCAUCAGGAAUCUUGCGGGACGACGUUUUUCUUUAUGAGCGAGAUUGACGACUGGAAUAAAGCUGAUGUCGUCGGAGCUCAUCCAAUCCAGCCAGAGAUUUUUGAGGUGCGCAUACUAUAGUAGAGAUGCAAAAGAUGGAAACACGAUUCGACAGUGACUACAUCAUUGUCGUACAGGAUUUCAUGGGGAGAUGCGUGAUACUUCGUGUCAGCAACUUCUAUCUGAGCAUGAGUGGCUGGAUAAACAAUGGCGACAGCCGAAAGGGGUUUCCACAGGUCAGCCUGAGUGAUGUUGAUGACGCACCUAGUUCACUGUACAUCAGGCUUCUCAUUCUUCAAUCUUGCAGAGCCGAAGAUGCCUCAUUUUCAAGACGACCAACACCACAGUGUCGACGGAGGUCUGACUAACGUGAACGAAGUCCUGCAAUGUGAAGGGAUAUUUCAGCUCGGAGUAGGGGUCGGGGGAGUCCAGAAAUGCAUCUACCUGUCGGAAAUAAAGUGUACCUUCACGAGCAUUCUACAUUCUCUUUGAAAGCAGGCUGAACUGUUAAAACCACAGGCUAGAAUAGCAAAGGGGGGGGGUGCACUUGAAAAUUGGGUUCUUUUUGC